GGUCCAAAAAAUCUAGAAGGGAAUACGAGUUUCGCUGCGAGAUCAAGGCAAAAAUUGGCGAAUGCACAGCGACAAGCCAAGCCGGAUUCGGAACCUUUGAAAAGUUCAUCACCUUCAGGCGUAUCUAAGAGAUACGGAAGUGGUAAAUUAACAUCAACAACUCCACGAAUUAUUACUGUGACUGUUCCAAAAGACGACGGUUUUACACGUACCAGCAAAAGUAUUGAACGAGGAAGUACGAGGGUUGGAGAAACUACGCGAAUUCGACAGUAUCGAAAGCAAGGAGCUAUUAAUGAACCUGUCACUGUUGGUAAAAGUGACCCAACGACUGAAAGAAUUAAAACGAUGAGACCCACGACUACUGAACGGAUCAAUGAUCAAAUGAUAACGACAGAAAAAACGAUUCAUACUACUAGAAAAUCCCGAGCAUGGAAUUCUGCUCACAUUGAUAAAAAUUGGCAAGAACCAGCUUCAAAGUCAACAAACGCGGAAAAAGUAACGACGCAAAGUUCCGUUGAUUCUUUGUCGAAAUUAAACAAGAGACCCAGACCUUGGAAUGCCGCUUACAUUGAUAAAAAUUGGCAAGAACCAGCUUCAAAGCCGGCUAAUGCAGAGAAGAUAACUGCCGACGACUCUCGCCCUAUUAAUUCUUCGUUCAAGCUAAACAAAAAACCGAGAAAUUUGAACCCUGGGCACGUUGACAAAACUUGGCAAGAACCAACGAAAGCUGAUAGAACUACUGAAGCUACUACCCCGAAUUCGUCGAAUAAAUUUGAGAAGAAAGCUCCCAAGUAUGUGGUAAGUUCUACCACUGAAAAAUUGCAGACGGAAAAGUCUUUUAAAAUUGAGGAUAAAGCACGAAGACGUGACUUUCGAUCAAGAACGGCUACGUAUCGUCGUCAUCUUGAGUCACCGGUAUCAAGGAAUUCGCAAGAGGUAACUGGCAACAGCAAAGAUCGAAAGACGUCUGCGGAAUGGCUUGCAGAAGUUAAUAAACGUACGGAAUCGGUUCAGGUAGUGACGCCGGAGGUAGAAAAGAAAGAACUUCCAAGUGUUGCUAUAACGCCGCGAUACCACGCGUUGAUUAAAACUGAGAACUCGACACAGCAGUCGGUAAGACAAGAACCUGCGGUGAGCUUACUUUCGAAUGCAACUGAUAGUAAGGUCGAGUCUGAGGCUCAAGGAUUAUCCAACUUAACUGGUAUUUCUUCAAGCAGUCGAGGUACCAGCGGCAAUUCUGAUUCUAAUAUUUUUAAUCCGACCAAAACUACUUAUUUGAUCAGCUCUAAUGCUAGUUUGUUAGAACAACUUAGGAGCACUGUUGCACCACUACUCAGUGUUUUGGGUGCUAAAACUCCACAGUUUGCUACUGCUUAUAGCAAAGUUAAUAAUGUGAGUUUGUCAGUACCCAGAGUAACUCCAAGUGGAUCUCCACCGCGAUUCAGCGCCAAGUACCGAGGGGUUGAAUUUUUCGUCCGAAAACCGAGUGAAACUAAUUCAACGAGAGUUGACUCAACAACUCCACUUUCAAUUGAUCAGGCCAAGAAGCCAUCGAUACCGGUCUCGAUAUCGAGCCCCGGUGAGCCCAAAGUACUAACUUAUUACCAAGCCCUGGAGACAGUCAACAUAAAUAAUGAAAUAGAACAGCAUCUAGGUGGGAUUGGCAAGGUAGCCAACACGAUCGUCACUGAUAGAUCCUCUAACGAUUCGAAUAACGCUUAUAAUUACUCUACUGAAGCAAUAGUGACAACCGUAGAACCAGUAGUUACUACUAUUAAAGAUGAUAAUAAUAAUAAUAACAAUAAUGAUAAUGAUAAUGAUAACCUAACAGUGGUAAUGGAUUCCCCGAAUUUAGACACAACAACUCAGGCAGAUAUAACCAGCACUUAUACUAUUACUAGCACUAGUAGUAGUUCAACCGCUACCACGCAGACCGUGGAUUCAAGCACGAGUCUUCCUGAGACCACUGAGAUAAACCCGAGCCCUUUUAACCCUGAGUUUAUUAAUAAUUCUAGCAUUGAUGGUACUCCUGACCCUCUGAAUACCACGCCGGUACUCGUUAAUUCUACAAACGAUAAUUAUCUUACCACUGAAAUGAAUACUGAAGUUUAUACACCUUCUGAAGCUGAUGCAAUUACUACUACUGUAGGAAUUAUUACAACAGAGGAAACUUCCACGGUCCCUACUACCACGGAAGAGCCCAUUAAAGUAAUAAUGGCAAGUUUUGAAGAUAAAACUUCAUUCCCAGAAAGUACCACGUCUGAUUUAAUCGCAUUAACUACUUUGUCAACAACGGAUGUUUCUGUUCAAACUGAAUCUACUUCAACCACAGAAGUAAUUACUAUUACUAAUGAAAUAAAUAAUUUGAAAUCCUUGCCUGAUUCGCUGGAAGUUAGAUCGCAACUAGGGGAAACUCUUACAACCGAGGGUGCGGUAACAGAAGAACAAACUUUGACGGAAACUCCUGAAGUUUAUACUUCUACAGAAUCAUCUCAAGUCGAUCAAACUACUUCGAUGGUUGAGACUACAUUUGCGCCUAUUGAAUCUAAUGAAACAGCAGUGGAUGAUGCGCGUCCGAUAGACGAUGAAUUGUUGUCGAUAAUGAUGAAACGACUGAUGGAUAUUUUUUCAUUGGAUGAAAAUUCAACGCUGCUGAAAGAUAUUUUUUCUAAGAGCGACAAAUCUGAACCGCGGAUGUUAGGUGGAUUUAUAGACAAUAGAAAUUUAACUGAAGUAGAUAAUAUGGUAGGAACUACUGAGAAUUCAGUAGAAAGCUCAACCAUAAAAUCAGAUACAAUUGAACAAAUUUAUCCCACUGUAAAAAGCCCCGAAGUAUUAAACCAAAUUGUAACUACGGUUGAGCCUACAACUCAAUCGCUAACAGAGUCGGUAAAUAUUGAAGUUACAACAAUACCAACCCCUGAAACAGUAGAGAUAAAAACAAUGAACCGUUCUUCUCAGGAAGAAAUUAAUGAAGUAGAUAUGACACUAACUCGUAAAAUAACUACAACACUGGCUUACUCAGAACUAGCUGAUGACACUAAUGUAACGACUAACUUUAGCUCCGAAGUAAUAGCUACAACUUUAGAACCAGAAGUAAUUGAACAAACUCCUAAUGUAGAAGCUGUAGAUAGUGUACCAACUAGCCCAGGGGAUAUUGAAGUAACGACUAAUCCAUCAACAACUACAACCACAACCACCCGAGUCCCAGAAACAACUACCACCAGUACCGAGGGUCCUAAUUCUGUUACGACUUUCCAGGACGAAAUGACAUCAACUGCUCAAACGACACCAAGUUUUCAACAAACUACUACUACCACCACCACCACCACCACCACCACCACUGAACUCCCUCUGUCAACGACUAAAAUGCCAACCAAACCAUCACCAACAACAAUGGCAUCAACUACAGCUUACUCCGGUCGUUUUGGCGGCUCAAGAAUGACUCCAGCACCUCGCUUAAGCUCCAGUUCAUCAACGAAAACUCCUCUCCGAGAUUACCACGUCUACGGGAUCUACCCAAACAAGACGAUUGUCCGAAAACGACCGGAAGACAACCUGAUAGACGCCCGGAACAUCGACAGCCCGUACGUGAUCUUUGGGAUCUUUCCGGACGGGAAGCUGGUGCGGAAGUUCCCGAAUGGAACGGUAAUACCGGACCCGCCGAGCAACCCGGUAGAAGUUGUCUUUUCGCUUAGCACAAGCACAACCACUAACAGGCCCACGCCCCAGACCCAGGUUCUUCUCCAAAAUAAGAAUAACAAUAACAACCAGGCUAAUAAUGUUAAUCAACCGAUGAAUAAUAACAAUGGUAGUGCCGCCGCGAGCUCUAAUAAUCGUCCGGGAAAUAUGACUCUACUCACCAAUGUUAGUGGAGACCAGAUCAAUGAUGGUUACCGAAGCCGGAUUAAUCUCGGACUAGCCGAUAAUUCUAUCAAUUAUAAUGGAGCUGAUGAAGACCCUAAUCAAUUUGCUGACCCUACUUUAUUGCCCGGCAUCGGUAACGUCAAUACCCAGCCCACCACUACGACAAUGGUAACAGACGCGUCGUCGCGAACAGCCGGACCACCUUUGGGCGCGACACCCUCGAGCGUAAAUUCGCAGGGUGGUCGUAUUAUUCAGGACAUUGAGAGGGACAAGGCCAGCAGGACUAAAGAGGCCGGAGGUCAACGCAGUACCGUGUACAUCGGACAGAGCGCCUCCCAUCAGGGCCCCGAUGCAGGUUCACUACCGUCGUUGGAUAUCCUAACGAACAAUAAUAUCCAAGGGCAAGGGACAACUGCUCAGGACAACAACCGGUGGAAAGAUCCUUUGGAUCAGAUCUUUGGUAUAACAACUAGACCGUCCAUUGCAUCUAACAUUUUACAGCUUCAAUCAAGUGACAACUCGAAUUCAAUAGGCUCUACGCCAAAGACGUUAACCGAAGUCGAACGGCAGUUAGCAAACAAGAUUUUAUCUUUAGCCCUGAGUAAAGUAGCUGGGCCAACACGUUCACCAAAAGCCAUUCAACCAUCAAAUGUUUCGCCGAAUUCAUUGGACGCAUUUCCUCGCCCGAGUUUCGGUCACUCGUCGUCGUCACCGAUAAUAAUCGAUUUACUGGAGCCGACAACGAAAAAACCAGUAGCGAGAAUCACGACUCGAGAACCAUUCACUUGGAAACCGGUGACUGACGUCACUUCAACCACACCAACGACCACGACAACCAGUUCCAAACCUACUGUAUCAACUACAACUACCACCAGUACAACUACAACAACUCCAGCCACUACAAGUACAAGUACAAGUACCAGUACGACAAGCACAUCAUCAACAACAGUGACACCUUCCACCCAAGUUACGUGGAAACCAUUUCCAAAGCAACUACCUACUUUAAAACCCAUAGAAAGUAUUCCUGUUACUAAACAAACUCCUGUAAAAGCAUUCACGGGAAAACCGAUAAAUAGACCCAGGCCAACGACACCACCACCGCUCGGUUUCGGUGCUGGUUUACUCCAAGCGAUAUUUGGCCGCAAUAUUUUCGCUCCACCAACAACCCAGCGACCCGUUAUCAGGAGGCCCGUGCAGACUACUACGACAACUUCUAGGCCGAUACAAAUAACCGAAUUAGUUAUUCCCACCGCAGCUGUUCGUAAUCAAGACCAGGCGGCCUCUCAGCAUGUGAACGAUGUCAGAUUGUUGAAUUCUUUGUUGGGAGACACCAAAGUCUCCACGUCGACUUUUUCUCCGGAAGAUGACGCUAAAUUUUUACUUGAACUCCUGACGGAUUCAGAAAAAAAUGCUGGUAAAGGCGUGAAGGGAUCAAGUGUUCUUUCGCAAGAUGAUGAAACAUUUCUCCGAUCGAUUCUCAGUGGUCAGGCUAAAGUCCGUACACCUUCAUCAGUUUCCGGGAAUUCAGAUUCCAAUAAUGCCGCAUUACUUGCUCAACUUUUGAAAGUUCAGGGUAUUGAACCAUCCACUCCCGCAAAUCGAUUACAAGAACAACUUCAGGGUAUUAAAGUGACUUCAAUGCCGCCAGUACAAACAACGGCUAGAGUUAUUGCGACUACUAAAAAAUCAGUAACCAGGCCAAGGCCCUCUGAUUGGCAACCAAGUUCCAUUUACCCGCCACCUUUGUUCAGUAAUUUUAAUUUUGGAUUUCCACGUGGUGAAAGUUAUGACGACGAUGACAAUUCUAGUGGGGGAGGUGUUAGGAAUCAAGUAUUGAAUGCUGCCAUUGGAGCUACCAGAGUUUUUAGUCAAUUUCUCGGAGCCGCAAUAACGGGAGCUGCACAGCAGUUACAGUCUUUCGUGAGAAACGGUACUAAGUACGUCACAGGAGCCGUCGGCGGUUAG